UUUCAGUUCGGUUUGUUACGCUCCCGGUGCACGGUCGCAUCCUUCGAGAUGUUCGUCUACACGUUCGCAUUGCUGGCGCUUGCGCUUUUCCUCACUCUUAAGUUCAUCUAUUCGUACUGGGACCGGCAUGGAGUUCCUUCGCUGAAACCAACGAUUCCGUUCGGAAACCUGAAAACGGUGGUCGAGAAGAAGGAGUCGUACGGAGUGGCCAUCAGCAACCUGUACAACCAAUCGGAGGGCCGAUACGUCGGUAUGUAUCUGCUGUACCGGCCGGCCCUGCUGAUCCGUGAGCCGCAGCUUUGCAAGCGCAUUAUGGUGGCCGAUUUUCAACACUUUUACGACCGGGGCAUCUUCUGCGACGAACGGCGGGAACCGCUGUCGGCCAAUCUGUUUGCCAUGCCCGGGCAACAGUGGAAGAACCUGCGCGGUAAGCUAACGCCGAUCUUUACCGGCGGCCAGUUGCGCGGUAUGCUGCCAACGUUUUUGGAUGUUGCUGAUAAGCUGGUGCAGUGCAUGACAUCGCUCGCCACCGAACGGAAGAUCGUCGAUAUGCGGGACUUGACGUCGCGCUACACACUCGACGUCAUAGCGUCGGUAUUCUUCGGCAUCGAAACGAACUGUCUCGGCAAUCCGAACGAUCCGUUCCGUGAGGCAUUGGUGGAGCUCAACUCCGGCAGUUUCAUGCAGAACAUACGCAUCGCCGGCAUGAUCGUGUGCCCCGGGUUGCUCAAGCUGACCGGCAUCAAUUCGCUCAGCCCGGUGAUGUCGAAGUUCGUGAUGCGCGUUAUCAGGGAGCAGUUCGAGCAGCGGGAACGGUAUGGCAUCGUGCGGAAGGACUUCAUUCAGCUGAUGAGUGAGCUGCGGUGUGAGGCGGGCAAAGAUAAGGCCGCAUUGCUCACGAUCGAACAGUGUGCGGCCAACGUGUUUCUGUUCUAUGUCGCCGGCUCCGACACGUCUACCUCCGCCAUCUCCUUCACGUUGCACGAGCUCACGCACAACCGGCGGGUGAUGGAGAAGGUGCGGCAGGAGAUUGACGAGAUGCUGGAACGUAAUGGUGGCAAGAUCACAUACGAAAACAUUCAGGAGCUUAAGUACCUCGAUCUUUGCGUGAAGGAAACGCUUCGAAAGUAUCCGGGAUUGCCGAUUCUGACGCGGGAAUGUACGCAAGAUUAUCGGAUACCGGAGAGUGAUGUAGUCGUCCGUAGGGGAACGCAGGUCCUGAUACCGCUGCUGACGAUCAGUAUGGACGAGAAGUACUUCCCCGAUCCGGAGCAGUACUCACCGGAGCGGUUCGAUGAGGAAACGAGAAACUACGAUCCCGAUGCGUACUAUCCGUUUGGGGCGGGACCGAGGAACUGUAUCGGCAUACGUCAAGGCAUUUUGCAGACGAAAAUUGGGUUGAUUACCAUGUUGUCACGAUUCAACUUCUAUGCUACGAUCCCAGCAAAGAUCAAAUUCGAGGUAGCAACCAUAAACUCAGUACCUGAGGGAGGCCUUCCUAUGGUGAUUGAACCUCGGCCUACGCCCUGGGCAUCGUGCUCUGUUAUACCACAGAGGGGUUCGCAGUACUCGGCGCCCUUUUCAAGCAGUGCGCAGGCAGCAGAUUGUGGUGUCAAAGUGAAAAUGUUCGUCUACACGCUAGCGCUAGUGGCGUUGGUGAUCUUUCUCGGGCUGAAGUACAUCUACUCCUAUUGGGAUCGUCAUGGAGUGAGCAACAUUAAACCGAACAUUCCGUACGGCAAUCUGAAAACGGUGGCCGAAAGGAAAGAAUCGUUCGGUAUCGCCAUCAACAACCUGUACCAACGGUCGACAGAGCGCUUGGUCGGUGUGUACCUGUUCUUCCGACCCUCGCUCAUCAUCCGCGAUCCCUAUCUGGCCAAACGGAUUAUGGUGGCCGAUUUUCAACAUUUCCACGAUCGCGGUGUGUACUGUAACGAGCACCGUGAUCCAUUCUCCGCCAACCUGUUCGCCCUGCCCGGUCAGCGGUGGAAGAAUCUGCGGGCGAAGCUAACACCAACGUUCACAUCAGGGCAAUUGCGCAACAUGAUGCCAACGUUCAUGGCCGUCGGACAGAAGCUGCAGGCGGAGGUAGAACGGCUGGUGGAGGAACCGGCGGUACAUAACGUGCGGGCCUUACUGUCACGCUACGUCAUCGACGUAAUCGCUUCCGUGUUCUUCGGCUUCGAAUCGAACUGUAUUCAAGAUCCACGCGAUCCGUUCUUCGUCACACUCACCGAUUUGGUUCGAGCGGUCAGCUUCAUCAACAACGUCCGGUCGGCCGGUGUGUUCGUGUGUCCCGCGCUGUUGAAGCUGACGCGCCUCUCCUCCCUACCGCCGGAGGUUAUCAAAUUCGUGAAGGAGAUCAUCACCUACCAGAUCGAGCACCGCGAACGAAACGACGUGGCACGGAAAGACUUCCUUCAGCUGUUGAUCGAUUUGCGGCGUGAGGCGGGCGAAAACAAGGAAGAAAAGCUGUCCAUCGAACAGUGUGCGGCAAACGUGUUUCUGUUCUAUGUGGCCGGUGCGGAAACAUCAACGGCAACCGCGUCCUUUACGCUCCACGAGCUCACCCACAACCCGGACGUGAUGGUUAAGGUGCGGCAGGAGAUUGACGAGAUGCUGGAACGUAAUGGUGGCAAGAUUACGUACGAAAACAUUAAGGAGCUUAAGUACCUGGAUCUUUGCGUGAAGGAAACGCUUCGAAAGUACCCUGGAUUGCCGAUUCUGAAUCGUGAAUGUACGCAGGACUAUCGUGUGCCGGAGAGUGACAUGAUUAUCCGUAAGGGAACGCAGGUCAUCAUACCGCUGCUGGCGAUCAGUAUGGACGAGAAGUACUUCCCCGAUCCGGAACAGUACUCCCCGGAGCGGUUCGAUGAAGAAACAAGAAACUACGACCCCGAUGCGUACUAUCCGUUUGGGGCGGGACCGAGGAACUGUAUCGGUCUUCGACAGGGCGUUCUGGUUGCAAAGAUUGGACUGAUUUUGAUGCUGUCCAAGUUUAACUUCGAAGCUACGCUGCCAAGAAAGAUCGUAUUUGAGGCGGCUACCGUACCGCUGGCACCGCAUGGCGGUCUCCCGAUGAGAAUCAGUCGGAGGGUAAAGUAGAGUACGUCAAGGCGAUGGUCAACUGUGAUGUUUCUUAACAUAAGCUACUUUCACUGAUUGAUUUCAUUUUUCAUUACUCAUUAUCUGACAGUCAAAAUGAUUGCCAAAGUAAAUGUCUUUGGCUUGGUA